AUGACACAGCUCUCUUUAUUACUAGUUACGUUUUUACUACAAUUCAGUCAUUUUGUUUUAGGUGAUAUUGGAAUUAAUGAACCUCAGGCCGGGGAUAUAUAUGAACCAGAAAAUGGUAAAAUUCAUAUAUCGAUUGCAUUAUCAGAUAAUACAGAUUAUCCAUUAAUAACAGAUGUUAAAUUAUUUAAAGUGAAUUUAUGUACAGGUUUAAAUUCAAAAUUCACUUGUACAUAUUCUAUCGAUUCAAGUUUAAGUCCUAUUCAAUUUACUAAAAGUAUUAAUAAAGAAGAUGCUUCAACGAAUUAUAAUUACAAUAUAAGUUUCCCAGAUACUUUAGUUGGUUCUGGUCAAUUUUUUCUUCAAAUUAAUGGGAUUGUCGAUAGUAAUAAUUAUGCCAUUCAUUAUAGUCCCAGAUUUUUAUUGAAAAAUAUGGAAGGGGCUAUUGGAACAAAUACUUUUACUGCAUUGACAGAACCUACAGCAGAUUAUAAUUUACCAAAGAAAGGUGGUGGUAAAGUAGAUACUAGAUCAUUUACCAUUCCUUAUACAUUGCAAACUGGUAUUAGUAGAUUUGCACCAAUGCAAUUGCAGCCAAACACUACAGUGACGAAGACAACUUGGACGAAUAAAUAUCCAACUAGUGCUGUCACUUACUAUUCCACGAUUGCUAAAUCGGUAGCACAAAUGACCACUAUAACACAAGGUUGGUCAUAUACUUUCAAGAGUGACUUCAAUUAUGCAACAGCAGCAGUUUUCCCAUCUGAUAACGGUGGUUGGUAUCCACCAUCAAAGAGACAAACAUUAUCAGUUAGGAAAAUAAAUCGUUAA